CAUCAUCCUCUUGUAGUUCUUCCGGCCGGCGAUGAAUACUGAUUCCUGACUGGUUUUGCUUCAUACUCUCUCUCAACAUUGACUUUUCUUCUCAAGGUUCAAAAUCAAGCUCGAUCGGCUGUUUCUCAACUAAGAAUUUGAAUCCAUGGAUCCUAACCCUAAGAAUUUUCCAAUUCUAUCUUACAUGAUGUCAAAAAUCCCUAGUAUUGGUCCCCGGCGAGGAGCCGAUGAACAAGGAUUCGACAUCGAGAUGCCUCCGCCUCCAUCAACCGCAGUUCCGACUUCAAAGGAGCCAGUAUUCGACCUAGUAGAUCAGAUGCCUCGUUUAACUGAUCCAAAAGUCAUCGCCUCAAUGAGAUCUGCCGUUUCCGAGGUCGCGCAAUCACGAGCUGUGCUCAGAACCCUAGGAGAACGGCCUGAUCAUGAAAGUGUUGACUCUGCGAGAGCUAAGUUAGCGGAGAUUGAUUCGUCGUUGUCAAAGCAGCUUGGAGAGAUCGUUCUUUCGCCGCGUCCGACUGAGGUGGAUAGGCUUGAGUGGCGUGCGCAUCUUGCAGGUAAGGAGAAGGAAUGUAGAGAUGCUACGGAGAAAGAUAGACAGAUGUAUGGUGCUGUUAUUGCAUUGGAUGAAAUGCAUGAUUCUUAUGAGAAAAUGCUUAGUGAAGCGGAAGCGAAGUUGUUGAAGAUUUAUGAAUCGGCUUUGUCUGGUCGUGAUUUUGAGGAUAUUAAUCUUACUGAAGAGGAUGAAGGUGAAGUGGAAGAGGUAAAUGACGAGGUUGUAGGUAUUUUGAAGGAUUCGUCUGGAACGAGAAUACAAAGGAUUGAUCUCUCGAAUCGCAAAUUGCGAUCUCUACCAGAGGCGUUUGGUCGUUUUAGCCAAUUGCUUGUUCUAAACCUGUCCACGAAUCAACUUGAGAUACUUCCUGAUUCAAUUGGAGGUUUAACGAAUCUGGAGGAGCUUGAUCUAUCAUCAAACCUAAUGGAGACUCUUCCUGAUUCAAUUGGCCUACUUCUCAACUUAAAGCUUCUGAAUGCCUCCAGCAAUAAGUUAGUAUCAUUACCCGACAGCAUCUCUAAUUGCAGCUCACUAUCGACGCUUGAUGUUAGCUAUAAUAGAUUAACCUACUUGCCAACUAACAUCGGCCACCAACUUGUCAAUCUUGUGAGGCUUUCAAUCCAACUGAACAAGAUCCGAUCCCUGCCUACUUCCAUAGGCGAUAUGAAGUCUUUACGUAUCCUCGACGCCCACUUCAAUGAGCUAAGAGGAGUUCCAGCCUCGAUUGGGAGUUUGUCCAACCUCGAGAUUCUUGAUCUCAGUAGUAAUUUCAGUGACCUGACUGAACUGCCAGAGACAUUUGGGGAAUUGUUAAACUUGAAAGAGCUUUAUCUUAGCAACAACCAAAUCCAAUAUCUUCCGGAUUCAUUCGGGCGUUUGGACAACUUAAGUAAGCUUAACUUGGAGGAGAACCCGAUUGUGAUUCCUCCGAAGGAGGUGGUUAUGGAAGGAGUGGAGGCGGUUAAGGUGUUUAUGGCGAAAAGAUGGUUGGAUAUUUUGUUGGAGGAAGAAGAAAGGAGCAUGGAGGAAAUGGAGGAGCCAACUGAAAAUGGUUGGUUGAUUCGAAGUACUUCUUGGUUGAUGAAUCGCGCUACGUCUGUGACUGGAAACGUUGCUGAUUAUCUUGGAAAUGUUGGUAAGUCCCCGAUCGAUCCUUCUCUUGAUCAGCAAUUAUAAAAAGAAGAAAGAAUAAUAAGCAUGAGCAUGAAUGAAGUUUAUGUUUCUUCUUCAAUGGUGAAGAAGAAGAUGAAAAACUCGGGCUUAAUUCUUUUCCCAAGUUUUUUAUUUAUCAUUUCCAAUUUCAACCCAUGAAUCAGGAUUCAUGGGUUUUGGUUGUUUUUUCUUUGUGGAAUUUUGCAGAUGAACAAAGCAUCUGUCUUUGUGCUAGCUAAGCUAAGCUAGCUAUAUUUUAUUUAUUUUUCACAGGAUAAGUUUCGAACUCUUUAUGUAAGAGUUUUUGGACACGGGUUCAUUCUCGUGGUCCUAAACCACAGUCGAAUGUUGUUGUACAUACAAAAAUUCAUAAGUGGUUU